UUGGGUUGACAGAGGGAGUGCAGUGCAAGGCAAAAGAGAGAGAGAGAGAGAGAGAGAGAGAGAGUGUGCAGGGUCAGCAGCAAUAGCAAGAGGUAUUAUCAGACUCUUUAAGGAAUUUGCAGACCUUCCUCAGCUCCGUCUUAUCCUUUUCUCGUGAUCUCUCUCUCUCUCUCUCUUGUUUCUCUCUCCUCAUAGUGUUCCCCUUCAGAUUCUUCCUCUUUCUUCUUCUUCCCUUCUUUCCAAGGCUGUGCUUAUAAUGCUAGCUGCCACAGACCUAGAUAGACACUUCCAACUGGUUUCUGAGUCUUAAAAGUUGAGAGGUUAAAUCUGAAAAUAGAGCGAGUCUUUUCCUUCGAAAAAACCAAACCCAAGAGCUAGACAGAUUAGAACAACAUAUAGGACUUUUCUCACGAGAAGUUUUGGGGAAGACCCAGGUGGUGAAAAAGUUUGGAUUUUGGUCUAUCUGGGUUUUGAGAAGGAAAAAAAAUGAGUACUAGUAGUAGCUGUGGAAGAAAUGGUGCUGUUAGGCCUUAUAUAAGAUCCAAAGUGCCUCGUCUCAGGUGGACUCCUGAGCUUCAUCACUGCUUUGUUCAAGCCAUUGAGAGGCUUGGAGGCCAUAAAAAGGCUACUCCAAAACUUGUUCUUCAGAUUAUGGAUGUCAAAGGACUCACCAUUUCUCAUGUCAAAAGCCAUCUCCAGAUGUUUAGAAGCAUGAGGGGUGACCUUAGUAGAGCACCUGCAGAUGGGAGUUUCACGCAGCAAAGAAAGCAAAGUUUUGAAGAGCAUAGUGAUGGGUGUCUUGAUCAUGAAGUAAAUGUUAUGGGUUUGCUCUCGGCUUCAAAAUUCAUCCCGGAAUCAGAUCCUCAGGUCAUCUACAGUGUUCCACGCCGGUCAAAACCCAUCAGAGAAUCAGAUCCUCAGGCCAUGUACACUAAUCCCAGCAGUUCAAAAAGAGCUAGAAUCGAGACGACGAGCUGUUCAGUCUCAGAGCAGCAGCAGCGGCAAUGGAGACAAACAACACAUGAAACGGCACCGUACACUUUUGAUGAUUAUGGCCUGGUGCUGGCAAAUGGGGUGUCUCUGCCACAGCAGCAUCAUUUUCUUCACAACUUCAACCCCUUCUUCAAAUCUGCACUGCAGGAAUCUGAUUUCUUCAAGAUUGAUGAAAAGCAUGAACUGAAAAUGCAUAAACAGGAGAGUAGAGGAAGAGCACACACCGAAGGUGGAGACUGUCAGUUAUCAUUGUCUCUCUCGUUGCCUCAUCCCUCUUCUCACAUGAGCAAUGCUUCUUCAAGUGAAGAGAUGGGUGGUGCAAUCUCAUCAUUAAACUAUAAAGACUGUUCUGCCUUUUCUUCGGCAAAUCGUGGUGUUGAUUUGAAUCUUUCCAUUGCUCUCUGUGGUAACUGAUGUCAGCUGUAAAAAAAAAAAAAAAAUAUCAUCUGAUUAGCCAAGUAGAUUCGAGUCAAUGGGAUUUAGGACUUUCUAUUAGUUACUUCUUGGCUGCAGUUCUUCAUGGGAUUUAGUAAGGUUUAGCUUUUAGUUACUGAAAUCCCACUUCUGAUUCUAGAGGGGUAGUUUUCUCUGUUAAAAAAAAAAAACUAUUAGUAUUUCAAUUUGAUACGAAGAGCUAUUACCCUUCACUUCA